CCACGAAACGGACACGGAAAGGUCACCGCCCAAACCAAACCCCCUUCGCCACUCCCACCAACUCCCCCCGAUCUCGGCCAUGGCGGGGGAGGGCUCCGGCGCCGGCGUGGAAAUGGGCGCGCUCAUCCGGCGGCUGAGGCUCCACCAGGCGGGGCCAUCCCCUUACGACCCCGCACCGGCGGGGACCCCCGCGAUCGACGGCGGCGAGCAGCUGUUCCGGCCGCGGAGGGCCGCCGUGCUCGUCUGCCUCUUCCGGGCUGCCGCCGGCGAGCUCCGCGUCAUACUCACCAAGCGCUCGUCGUCACUCUCCACCCAUUCCGGUGAAGUUUCACUGCCAGGAGGGAAGGCAGAGGAGGGUGAUGCAGAUGACGUAGCAACAGCAUUAAGGGAGUCAAAAGAGGAGAUUGGGCUUGAUCCAGCUCUGGUCACUGUUGUUGCAUCUCUUGAACACUUCUUGUCCAAGCAUCUUUUGGUGGUUGUUCCUGUUAUUGGCAUACUGUCAGAUAUACAAGCGUUUAUACCUGUUCUUAAUGUAGCUGAGGUGGACGAAAUAUUUGAUGUACCCCUGGAGAUGUUCCUCAAGGAUGAGAACAGGACAUCCGAGGAGCGGGAAAAGAUGGGGCAGGCAUUCACAGUUCAUUACUUCACUUACACAAAAGGGAACCAGAAGUACUUAAUCUGGGGUCUGACUGCCCGAAUCCUUAUCCAUGCUGCUUCAGUUGUAUACGAGCGACCACCAGACUUUCCUGAGGGAAAUGCACAUUUCAACUUGCCAAAGUACACAAAGGAUUGCUCUUCAAUGCUAGCAGGGCUUGCCAAACACUAGUGUCUAUGACACUGCCUGAACUAGACUACUGGGGGCGUAGGAGGUUUCAACUACAAGGAAUAGUUACAGAAUCCAAGGGGAGUCCAAAUCAUAUGGGGUCAUAAUUUAGAUUCUUUGCACAAUCUUCACUUAACACAAUAGUUGAUGCACGCCAAAUGGUCCAUUUGAUGUUGUUAACGAGGUCCAAUACUCAGCUCUGAUGCAAUUGAAUUGUAUGUAUAAAUCAUAUUGUUCUGCUUAAUGCAUUGUUCAUUUGUUCUAUAAGGAUGAGAAGGUUCUGAACAA